UCACAACACACACAUGUGGCUGCGGAGACCGGAUCCUUCACAUGAGCUAUUAAGAGGUCAGGGACAGCUAGGUUUGCUGGUUCAAGCUUCAAGUGAGUCCGUCGGUGUGUGGGCCUGUGUUAGUGUCCCAAUAGGAUGUCCCGUCAUGAAGGUGUGAGCUGCGACGCGUGUUUGAAAGGUAACUUUCGGGGGCAGCGGUACAAGUGUUUAAUUUGCUACGACUACGACCUGUGUGCCUCGUGCUACGAGGGCGGAGCCACGACCACCAGACACACGGCAGAGCACGCCAUGCAGUGUAUACUAACCAGGGUCGACUACGACCUGUAUUAUGGGGGAGAGUCCUUCUCGGUGGAGCAGCCCCAGGCUUUCACCUGUCCCUACUGUGGCAGGAUGGGCUACACAGAGACUUCUCUACAGGAGCACGUGACUGCAGAGCACACAGAGACCUCCUCAGAGGUGGUCUGUCCCAUAUGUGUUGUGCUGCCUGGCGGAGACCCUAAUCAGGUGACGGACGACUUCGCUGCUCAUCUCACACUUGAACACAGAGCCCCCAGAGACUUGGAUGAGUCGAGCGGUGUGCGGCACGUGCGUCGGAUGAUCCACCCGGGUCGGGGUCUAGGGGGGCCGAGGGCCCGUCGAUCCAACAUGCACUUCACCUCGUCAACCUCCGGGGGGAGCUCUACCACACAGACCUCUACACAGAGCUCCAACUACAACAGGGAGGCCAUGGAUCCUAUAGGAGAGCUGCUGUCCCAGUUGUCGGGGGUGCGUAGAUCGGCGGGCAGCCAGCUGAGUUCAGGUCAUUCAGCCUCCCAGCUACAGCAGCUCCAGAUGCAGCUCCAGGUGGAUUGGCAGCAGACCCAGGCUACCAGGCAGCAGUUGGAGACGGCCCGGGGCACCUCGCAACGCGGCAGCCGCACCUCCAGCCACGCAGGGAAUCACAACGCCAACCCUGGCUCCAACUUCUUCAACAACCUUAGUCCCAACCCAGAGCAGCAGGAGCCCAACACACAGAGCAGCACCUCCCAGUUCCUUCUCAACAGACUGAGUGAGCCGAGGUUGUCAGAGGCGGAACACCAGCUACGUGAGGGCCAGUGGGCGGACCGCUCUCUCUUCGUCACGGAGCUCCUCCUCUCCACCCUGCUGGCCAAUCCCGACCACAGCGAAGACGACGACGACGAUCUCCGUGACUACCACGAUGCCGUGACGCGAGGCUCGGAUGCCUUCGCCGCCUUCGAAGAUAUGGGCUGCGUGGGGGUCAUGACCCUAGAUGUGGCUCUGCAGAACCUCAACCUCAGAGAACUGAAGAACGAGCAGCAUCCCCCGGCGUUGCCGUAGCGACCACUACAAAGUUUUUUUGUUGGGGGGGGGUGUGAGAGAGCGAGUGUUGUGAGCAAAAGGAAAUUGAACAAUUUAUAAUACAUCUAUAUAAAUGUAUAUGAAUGAAAGCGGAUAAUCAACACCACAUGAAGACGUGUUUGACUGCUUGGCCCCCAGCAGGUGAACGUAGGUCAGAUAGAUGGGUAGGUAGAGCAGCUUGAUCAUUUAUUAUCUUAGAGUCGUCCACAGACACACAAGGGGACAGACAGACAGUGGGAAGAUCUCUAUUGCAUACUCCUUGUCCACUCCUUGUCCCUUAAAACCCAGUGGGUUUUUAGCUCUUCUGAAAGGUGACCUUAUGGGCUUUCUGUUUCAAUGAAAAUCUACUUGUGGGUAUUGAGGAGACGUCUUCCCAGAUUCUCUCCUCCUACGCGCCUCCUGGAUAUUUAUGAAAACCUACUCCAACGAACGUUCAUAUUGUUCACCACUGUGUUCCCUCUUCUCAACUGCGGUCACUGUUCCAUAUUAAACUGCUAUCACAACAUCGGGGAGUCGGGUAUCAUCGCAGAGAUGUUUUAACUCCUGUAGGAUAGCAUGUGUGUGUUCGGUCUAUGGCUAACCUGCUCUGUCAAUUACAGGGGGUGUUUUUCAUUUUCAUUUUUUUGUGUCUACACAAAUGAUUCACUCCGCAGAGACUGUUGAUUGAAAUGGUUUAGUUCCUCAGAGACUGUUGAUUGAAAUGGUUUAGUUCCUCAGAGACUGUUGAUUGAAAUGGUUUAGUUCCUCCACAUGUUUAACAUCACUUACUCCUCAGAGACUGUUGAUUGGAUGGUUUAGUUCCUCAGAGACUGUUGAUUGAAAUGGUUUAGUUCCUCAGAGACUGUUGAUUGAAAUGGUUUAGUUCCUCAGAGACUGUUGAUUGAAAUGGUUUAGUUCUUCAGAGACUGUUGAUUGGAUGGUUUAGUUCCUCAGAGACUGUUGAUUGAAAUGGUUUAGUUCCUCAGAGACUGUUGAUUGAAAUGGUUUAGUUCCUCAGAGACUGUUGAUUGAUGGUUUAGUUCCUCAGAGACUGUUGAUUGGAUGGUUUAGUUCCUCAGAGACUGUUGAUUGAAAUGGUUUAGUUCCUCAGAGACUGUUGAUUGAAAUGGUUUAGUUCCUCAGAGACUGUUGAUUGAAAUGGUUUAGUUCCUACCACAUGUUUAACAUCACUUACUCCUCAGAGACUGUUGAUUGGAUGGUUUAGUUCCUCAGAGACUGUUGAUUGAAAUGGUUUAGUUCUUCAGAGACUGUUGAUUGGAUGCUUUAGUUCCUCAGAGACUGUUGAUUGGAUGGUUUAGUUCCUCAGAGACUGUUGAUUGGAUGGUUUAGUUCCUCAGAGACUGUUGAUUGAAAUGGUUUAGUUCCUCAGAGACUGUUGAUUGAAAUGGUUUAGUUCCUCAGAGACUGUUGAUUGAAAUGGUUUAGUUCCUCAGAGACUGUUGAUUGGAUGGUUUAGUUCCUCAGAGACUGUUGAUUGGAUGGUUUAGUUCCUCAGAGACUGUUGAUUGGAUGGUUUAGUUCCUCAGAGACUGUUGAUUGGAUGGUUUAGUUCCUCAGAGACUGUUGAUUGGAAUGGUUUAGUUCCUCAGAGACUGUUGAUUGAAAUGGUUUAGUUCCUCAGAGACUGUUGAUUGGAUGGUUUAGUUCCUCAGAGACUGUUGAUUGGAUGGUUUAGUUCCUCAGAGACUGUUGAUUGGAUGGUUUAGUUCCUCAGAGACUGUUGAUUGGAUGGUUUAGUUCCUCAGAGACUGUUGAUUGAAAUGGUUUAGUUCCUCAGAGACUGUUGAUUGGAUGGUUUAGUUCCUCAGAGACUGUUGAUUGGAUGGUUUAGUUCCUCAGAGACUGUUGAUUGAAAUGGUUUAGUUCCUCAGAGACUGUUGAUUGAAAUGGUUUAGUUCCUACUUACGGUGCCAUGUGACCUCCUGCUUUAUGCCAACGGACCCGUGGCUCAGUUGUUUUGAGUUGCACAUCCAGGGAGAAGCUUCAUACAGUAUGUACAACACGACAUAAAGGAGGUCAUUAGACAUGUUACACAGGAGGACCAUAGAAGAUCCACAAGACUGGAAUAAAAAGGGAGUGUUUUUUAUUUUCUUCUAAAAGGCAGGUCUGAAAGUAGGGAGUGUUGUUAAUCUUCUAAAAGGCAGGUCUGAAAGUAUGUGUUUGCUAUAGAAUAACUUUUACCUUUUACAUCACAAUGGUUGAUUUAUAUGGACAGACAUGGGGGAGGCGGCUGAUCCUAGAUCAGUACUUUAUGACACCCGACACUCCUGCCAGUUUACAUAGUCCCUGACUGACAGUAUUCCUCAAUUGCAGAGAUGCUAAUCCGACAGAGAGACUGGAGAGUCCUUCUCUCUGUCUCUCUCUCUGUAUCUCUGUCUGUUUCUGUCUCUCUCUGUCUCUCUCUCUGUCUCUCUCUCUGUCUCUCUCUGUCUGUCUCUCUCUCUCUC